AUGGCUGCCCUGCAAGAUAUCGUGGAUGGAAGUGACCUGAAGCAGUUUUUUGACAACAAUUACUCUCAAAUUUAUUUUAUAUUCUAUGAAAACUUCAUAACACUGGAAAACAGCUUGAAGCAAAAAGGGAAUAAAUCGCAAAGGGAGGAGCUGGACUCCAUCCUCUUUCUCCUUGAAAAAAUACUGCAGCUGCUGCCCGAGAGGAUUUUUUAUCGAUGGCAUUUUCGCAGUAUAGGGUCGAUUCUGAAGAAGCUUUUGCACACUGGAAACUCUCUCAAGCUGCGCUGCGAGGGGAUGCGGCUGUUCCUGCUGUGGCUGCAGGCCCUGCAGACCAACUGUGGCGAGGAGCAGGUGCUGCUGUUCGCCUGCCUGGUGCCCGGCUUCCCCCCGCUGCCGUCCCCCCGCGGGCCCUGCACGCUGGACAGCCUGCUCAGCCCCCCGGCCCCGCCCGACGCCAGGGUUUUCCCGGAGGAGAUCGCGCCGCUGCUGCCGGCUGUCUCCGGGGAGAAACCUGCCGAGGACCAGACCUGCUACUUCCUGCAGCUGCUGCUGAAAUACAUGGUCACUCAGGCUGCCAGCUUGGAGUGGAAGAACAAGGAGAACCAAGACACUGGAUUUAAGUUUCUCUUUGCAUUGUUCAGAAAAUACUACCUUCCCCACUUGUUCCCAUCUUUCACAAAGCUGACCAACCUCUACAAGCCUGUGCUUGACAUUCCUGAUGUCAGGCCAAGGCCGGUGUACGUCGCUGCCACGCGCAACAACGAGAGCGUCUACUGCACUAAAAUCCCCUACAUGGCAGCCCGCGUGGUGUUCAUCAAGUGGCUCGUUACCUUCUUCCUGGAAAAGAAGUAUUUAACUGCUGCUCAGAGCACAAAAAAUGGAGGAGAAAUGCUCCCUAAAAUUAUUCAGACGGUGGCCGUGGGCCAGGAGAAGGGCGCGGAGCCGGAGAGCGGCGCGGUGCCGGCGGGCGAGCAGGAGCGGGGAGGAUCAGAUCACGGAGCUGUUGUGGGAGCUGAAGCUCGCUGCUUCCAGUGGUGGUGUGGGUGGCAGGUGUGUGUUUGUGUGCACCACUUGUGCCUCCUGUGGGGAGUGAAAUCUGUGAAUUUCCCCUUCCAGGCUUUCCUGUUGCCGCCUUCCGAUAUAUCCGCGACACGGAAGGUGGUGAAGGUGUACCAGAAGUGGAUACUGCAGGAGAAACCCGUGUUCAUGGAGGAGCCAGACAGGAAGGAGGACAGCCAGGAUGCUGCUGCUCCCCUGGAAGACUCCUCAGUGCAAACAGACGGUAAACAUCUCUCCUCGGAGCCCUGCGGCCACAAGCGCUCCUCCAGCUGGGGCAGGACGUACUCCUUCAGCAGCGCUGUCAGCAGGGGCUGUGUGCUGGAGGAUGAGGACAGGGAUGUGAAGGCUGGCGCUCAGGCCGCGCUGCAGGUGUUCCUGACCAACUCAGCCAACGUUUUCCUGCUGGAGCCGUGCUCCGAGGUCCCCGUGCUGCUGAAGGAGCAGGUGGAUGCUUGCAAAGCCGUUCUCAGCAUCUUCAGGCGCAUGAUAAUGGAGCUGUCCAUGAACAGGAGGACGUGGGAGCAGAUGCUGCAGGUGCUCCUCAGGAUAACAGAAGCUGUGAUGCAGAAGCCGAAGGAGAGCCAGACGAAGGACACGUUUGCUCAGAGCAUGGCAGGGCUGCUGUUCAGGACGCUGCUGGUGGCGUGGAUCAGAGCCAACCUGAGCGUGUUCAUCUCCCGGGAGCUGUGGGACGAGCUGCUGGGCGUGCUGUCCGCCCUGACCCACUGGGAGGAGCUGGUCACCGAGUGGGCCAGCAUCAUGGACUCGCUGACAGCCGUGCUGGCCAGGACCGUGUACGGCGUGGAGAUGACAAACCUGCCCCUGGACAAGCUCAGCGAGCAGAAGGAAAAAAAGCAGAGAGGCAAAGGUGGUGUUUUAGAGCCUCAGAAGACAGCUGUGGUGGGGAGAUCUUUUUCAUUAAGCUGGAAAAGUCACCCUGAAGUUGUGGAGCCGAUGAGGUUCCGAAGUGCCACGACCUCUGGGGCCCCGGGAGUGGAGAAGGCGAGGAGCAUUGUCCGUCAGAGAGCCACAGCUAAGCGAAGCCAGUCUAUCAGCAACUGUGUCCAUCUCUAUGAGGCUUUGCCAGCCACUAAAAGUGUUCCUCUUCUGCUUCACACUGUGAGCUCUCUCUUCCCUGGUAUCUCUUACACUUCUUGCUCUCACAGACUGUCAGAAGUUGAAGAAUCUCAACAGCUGGAAAAUUCAGAAGGAGCAGAAGCUGCAGGCCCGUUUGCAGACCAAGAGCAGCAGCUAACUCGAAGCAGCAGCACUUCAGAUAUUGCAGAUCAGAUUCCAUCUGAUUUCUUUCAAGGCAAAACUGCUGGAAAUUCAGCUUCAGACUCCAGAUCACUUCAGGAAAACAGGGGAUGUGCAAAGGAGCAGGAAGCUGAGCAAGCUCUGAUGAGGAGGAGCAGCAGCACGGCCGAGCUGGGUGAUGCGAGGGCAGACUCGCAGGGCUGUUACAGAGCCAGGGAGAAAAGUGAGAGCCUCAGCAGUGACACGUCCCUGGGCUGUGCCACCGACGUGGACGCGGCUCUGGUGGCCUGGCAGGCGGCCGAGGACGAGCCCGAGGCUGGGACAGGUGUGGAUCCUGCAGCACCACGCUGGCUCCAGCUCAGCCCCUCACAGGAGCCUGCCAACCUCACAGACAGCAGUGAGUUCCUGGCUGACGACUGCAGUAUAAUUGCUGGAGGAAGCCUCGUUGGUUGGCAUCCUGAUUCUGCUGCCGUGCUCUGGAGGAGGAUCCUGGGAAUUCUUGGAGAUGUGAACAACAUACAGUCACCCAAAAUCCAUGCAAAAGUUUUUGGCUACCUUUACGAGCUGUGGUAUAAACUUGCCAAGAUCCGGGACAACCUCGCUAUCAGCGUGGACAAUCAGUCAACUCCCUCUCCUCCCGUGCUCAUCCCUCCCCUCAGGAUAUUUGCAUCCUGGCUGUUCAAGGCUGCCACGCUGCCCAGCGAGUACAAGGAGGGGAAGCUGCAGGCCUUCAGGCUGCUCUGUGCCAUGAUGAGCCGGCGCCAGGACCUGCUGCCCAACUCCGACUUCCUGGUGCAUUUCUACUUGGUGCUGCGCCUGGGGCUGACCAGCGAGGACCAGGACAUCCUGAACACUGUCAUCAAGCACUGCCCACCGUGGUUCUUCUUCCUGGGGCUGCCGGGCUUCACGAUGCUGAUCGGGGACUUCCUCGGCGCGGCGGCGCGCGUGCUGAGCGCGGACACGCCGGAGGCUCCCCGCUGUGAAGCUCACACCAUCCUUGGUGCUCUUGUGUGCUUUCCAAACACCUACCAAGGAAUCCCCUGGGUGGGACCCGUCUCAGAAGGCAGUGAGAGCAUCACAGGGAGUGCAGAUAUGAAGUAUUGCCUCAUAAAUAUUUUAUUGAAGAAUGCUACAGAGGAGCCAAGUGAAGCUGCAAGAUGCAUAGCCAUCUGUGGCCUGGGCGUGUGGAUCUGCGAGGAGCUGACGCAGUGCACCAGCCACCCCCACGUGAAGAAAGCCAUCAAUGUCAUAGGUGUGACACUGAAGUUUCCCAACAAGCUGGUAGCUCAUGUCGCCUGUGAUGUCCUUCAGCUGCUGGUGUCGUACUGGCAGAAGCUCCAGGAGUACGAAUCCUCCCUGUGCCGGAAAAUUACUGAAAUCCUGGUGGCCACCAUCGCGUUUCUCCUGCCCGGUGCCGAACACUCCUCCCUGGAAGCGGAUAAGAAGUUCAUAGUUUCUCUGCUGCUUUGUCUGCUGGACUGGUGCAUGGCACUGCCCAUGAAAAUGCUGCUGGAGCCCGUGUCUGCAGGUGCUGUGGAGGAUCAGCAGGCAUCCAGAGCUCCUCUGCUGGAUUAUAUUUACAGAGUCCUGCACUGCUGCGUCAACGGCUCCAGCACCUACACCCAGCAAAGCCACUACGUGCUGAGCCUGGCCGACCUCUCCUCCUCUGACUACGACCCCUUCCUGCCCCUGGGGAACGUCAGGAGCCCCUCGGAGCCAGCCCAGUGCCCCUCCUCCACCGACCUGGGGAACCUGCUCACCGUGGCCGAAGAGAAGAGGAGGAGGAAUUUGGAGCUGAUCCCUCUGACGGCGCGGAUGGUCAUGACUCACCUGGUGAAUCACCUGAGCCAUUACCCGCUGAGCGGGGGCCCCGCCAUCCUGCACAGCCUCCUGAGCGAGAACCACGACAACUCCUACGUGGAGUCCUCCGAGCUGUGCUCGGAAGUGUUCCGCAGCCCCAACCUGCAGCUCUUCGUGUUCAACGACAGCACUCUCAUCUCCUACCUCCAGCUCCCCGCCGAGCAGAGGCCGGGCCCCGAGCCGGCCGCGGCGCCCUCGGACGUACGGGUGAUCGUCAGGGACAUCUCGGGGAAGUACUCGUGGGACGGCCGCGUGCUCUACGGGCCCCUGGAGGGCCGCCCGCCUCAGCGCGGCACCGCCACCGCCACCGGUGAGGCGCAGCAGCUCGGCCUGUGCCGGGACAGCGAGGUGCAGCAGCUCGGCCCGUGCCAGGACAGCUUCACCGGUGAGGCACGGCAGCUCGGCCUGUGCCGGGACAGCGAGGUGCAGCAGCUCGGCCCGUGCCAGGACAGCUUCACCGGUGAGGCGCGGCAGCUCGGCCCGUGCCAGGACAGUGACACGCAGCAGCUGGGCCCGUGCCAGGACGAUGAGGAGGGCGAGGACGCGCUGGACCAGCUGCUGGAGCGCAUCGGGAGCAGCAGCCCCGAGCGCGCCCUCAGCGAGGGCCUGCUGCGGCAGAGCGCCCGCGAAAGGGACUUCGUGCUGAGCUGCGGCUCCCGGCGCCGCCCCAGCCUGGCCUGCCAGCAGCCACCGCCGCCAGCACAGCCACAGGCCUCCUUCUACUUCUGCCGGCUGCUGCUGGACGACUUGGGAAUGAACUCCUGGGACAGAAGGAAAAGCUUUCAUCUGCUGAAGAAAAAUUCAAAGUUACUGCGAGAACUGAAAAAUCUGGAUUCCCGCCAAUGCCGUGAGACGCACAAGAUCGCUGUGUUCUACAUCGCCGAGGGACAGGAGGACAAGUGUUCCAUCCUGGCCAACGCCAGGGGAAGCCAGGCCUACGAAGAUUUUGUUGCUGGGCUGGGCUGGGAGGUCGACCUGUCCACGCACUGCGGGUUCAUGGGCGGCCUGCAGCGCAACGGCAGCACGGGGCAGACCGCGCCCUACUACGCCACCUCCACCGUGGAGAUCAUCUUCCACGUGUCCACCAGGAUGCCCUCCGACUCGGACGACUCCCUGACCAAAAAGCUCCGCCACUUGGGAAACGACGAGGUUCACAUCGUGUGGUCCGAGCACACCCGCAACUACCGCAGGGGCAUCAUCCCCACCGACUUCGGGGACGUGCUCAUCGUCAUCUACCCCAUGAAGAACCACAUGUUCUUCAUCGAGAUCAUGAAGAAACCCGAGGUGCCGUUUUUCGGUCCCCUCUUCGACGGCGCCAUCGUGACCGCGAAGCUGCUGCCCAGCCUGGUCUGUGCCACGUGCAUCAACGCCAGCAGAGCCGUCAAGUCCCUCAUCCCCCUCUACCAGAGCUUCUACGAGGAGAGAGCUCUGUACCUCGAAGCCAUCAUCCAGAACCACAAAGAAGUGAUGACGUUUGAGGAUUUUGCCGCUCAGGUCUUCUCUCCCUCUCCCAGCUACUCCCUCGGCGGAACUGGCUGCCUCACCACAAGUGCAAGCACUGACCUCACUGACACCACUGGAAUCCAGCUGGCAGAGCCGCCCUCGCCCACUCCACGUGCCUCCAGGAGCAGGAUCUCUGGGAAGCUGCACCAGCGCCCUCAGCAAGGCGUCCGCCUGAGGCCCUGCAGCUCAGAGCUGUGGCCGGGGCAGCCCACGGCACCUGAGCACGGAUCAGAACAGGCAGGUCUGGGUGAACACGUCUUGAAGAGCCUGGGUGAGGAGUUUGCUCUGUGAAAUGGCCUUUCUCCAGUCUGGACAGACAUAGCUGGGGACUGGAUGUCACCUGUGUCACCGUCACCACUGCACUGGCACCGCGUGAGCCAAGCCCCUGGGCGCAGGUGCCGCAGCCAGAGUCAUGAACCAGCUCUGAGACCAGUUAUUUAAUGUACCCUUAGAGCACUGCUUUAGUCAUUCCAGGCAGCAUUUACCUGUGCAUUUCUGCUAAAGAGAGGUUUUCCCGUGACUAGCCCAGUAGCAAACGUUCCCUGCUGGAGCACAGGUGGAUGAGGGAUGUCCCACUGCAGGAAUACCGUGACUUUUCUGCGGUGUGUGUGAUGGCUGCGCACUGGAACUGCUCCCUAGAGACACAAAAAUAAGCAAAUCGCUUUUAGAAGAGCAAAUGCCACACUCCUGCCAUGACCCCUUCCCGGCACAGCGUGAAGAACUGAGUAACCCCCUCACCUUGUCCCAGCAGGGACCUGUCUCUAGCCUGAGGACAACACAGCUAAAGGUUUCUGAGGACUUAGGGUCCCCCUGGCACCUGCUGUAGUGAGCAGAGCUCGUGUUGGCAGUAGCUGAGGUGUUUUGGUCUACAGGUGUCAUAGGUUGAUGGGGUUAAAUAUCCAGUAUUUUAAAGCAACAGAAACCUGAGAUCAGCAGCCCCAGAGCCCUGUCCUGCUGCUGCUUGGUUGCUCCUGGGCACACAUACGCACACCUCCCAACAGAAUGGGAGUUGUUUUGAGCGAAGGGAUUGCGUUUUUUGGGAAAUGCCCCGUUGGGCCCCCGUGUUUGUUUCUGCACUUGCACUUGGUAUUGCAGCUGUCUGUCCAUCUGAGUGCCAGCACCUGGCCAGGGGCCACCCAGUGCCGGUGGGGCACAUUCCAGCCGUGGCCAGUGAUGCUGAGGUGGCCCUUGGGCUCUGCCUUGCGCUCUGUGCCCGAGGGGCAGCAGCUCAGCCUGGGUGCCCGGCAGGAACUCACCUGGUGCAGCUGCAGGAAGGAACCUCUAUCACUGAGAGCUUGGGCAAACCGGUUUGAUUUUCUGCUUCACAGCUGGGUUUUGCUUUCUAUUGAUUUUCUGUCAGUGAAGGAACCUGGAAAAUAAAAUAUGUAUUUUAAUUUAUUUUACAUUCAGGGCUGGACAGGCAAGGGUGUCUGGCACUUAGUUAUCCAAUAGCUGGUCUGAAAGAAUUUCAAAGGCAUCCUUCUGAGUAAGGAGCCUUUUCUCCUUAGAGCAAUAUGUACCUCUAAUUCAGGGAAGAAUUAAGACAUCAAUGAAAAUCAUGUUUUCCUGAUGUCAAAAAACUAUUAAUUUGUAUAAACUCUGCUGUGGUUUUGCACCCUGAACUGGAUGACAAAGCCACUCUGUUACCCCUCACAAAAUUAAUAAAUCUUUGCUCACAAUAAAGUUUCUCCCCAGAGCAAUA